CACGCUCAUUUCUCCUCUAAAUCAAAACCCUCAAAACGACUCAAAUCAAAGCGACUCGUUCUCUCUUCUCAGACCGGAAACCUCAACACUGACGACAACAGCGACUACACCAUAAGAAAAGCUAGUACUUUCCCAGAAUCACCACUGACUCCGGCGAGUUUGCUAUUGGUUUCGUCCAAACGAAACGACAGAAAGUCUCUCCAAUACGAUAUCGGAGUAGCAAACAUGCAUUCCUUUGGCUACAGAGCUAACGCUUUACUUACUUUCGCCGUUACCAUCCUCGCGCUAAUUUGCGCAAUGGCCUCCCUCUCCGAUAACUUCAAUUCUCCCUCUCCCUCUUCCCAAAUCCAGAUAUUGAAUAUCAAUUGGUUUCAAAAGCAGCCGCAUGGAAAUGAUGAGAUUAGCCUCACAAUGAAUAUAACAGCUGAUUUACAGUCAUUGUUUACAUGGAACACAAAGCAGGUUUUUGUAUUUGUAGCUGCAGAGUAUGAAACCCUAAAGAAUUCCUUGAACCAGGUCUCACUUUGGGAUGCAAUUAUACCAACCAAAGAGCAUGCAAAAUUUUGGGUUCAAACUGCAAACAAAUAUCGUUUUGUUGACCAGGGAAGCAAUCUUCGCGGUAAAGAAUUCAACUUGACUUUGCACUGGCAUGUCAUGCCCAAGACAGGCAAAAUGUUUGUCGAUAAACUAGUCAUGUCUGGAUUCCGCUUGCCUGAAGAGUAUAGAUAAGGAUAGGUCUUUGCUGUACUCGUUUUUUAGCUGUAACUUGUGACAUUUAAUCUGAGAUGAUAAAGUUCGGCGGAAUUAAAACAAUGAAAAAACUAGAAACAAAAAAAAAAAAACGUAUGUCGUUGACAAAGGAAAUUAAUACUUUUGGGAUUUCUAGUA